CCUGUAGAGGGACGGCGGCAGGCAGCGGCAGGCAGCGGCAGAGGCGGCGCUCUCCUCCCGUUCCCUGACGGUACCGACCUGUCAGCACAACGGUGGCAGCGGCCUGACCUCCCCAACCGUCUGAGCGUCGGUUUACCAGCUUUUAUUGGAGCAUUUGUGAAGGAGUCCGUGAAGGAAUCCGUGACAGAGGAGAGGAGAGGAGAGGAGAGGGGAGGAGAGGGAGGGGGAAGGGAAAGGCGGAGGACCUGAGGAGAGACAGCCGGCUCUGCUGGACACUGAGGCGGCCGCACCGCCGCUGCUGUUGCCGCAAAAGCCCGCUAUUACUGCAGACGCACUCGGAGCUCUACAGCUGGAUGUUUGCCUUUCAGACGGAGCUCAGCAUGCAACGGAUGCAGCAGGACUGACAGUUGGGGAGCCGUGUGGAAAAGUAGCAUCUGGAAAAAUAAAGAAAUAAAGAGCACCGUGCGUUUUAAAGGCAGGAGCCGAGGAGAGUGACAGCGCCAGCAAAAUGUCUGUCCCUUUCACUUCCAGUCUACUGACCUGGCAUGAGAGGACAGUAACCUACCAAAGCCAUCUACUGUCAAAUGAGAAUGUGUUGGCCAAGGCGUUGUAUGACAACGUGGCAGAGUCUCCGGACGAGCUGUCCUUUCGCAAGGGUGACAUCAUGACGGUGUUGGAGCGGGACACGCAGGGAUUGGACGGCUGGUGGCUCUGCUCGCUCCAUGGUCGCCAAGGUAUUGUCCCUGGCAACCGUCUCAAGAUCCUGGUCGGCAUGUACGACAGCAAGCAACAGCAACAGGCCACGCCUUCCAUGCCAGAUCCAGCCACUUCCUGUCCCGCCUCCCUGUUGCAGCGACCCCUGCCCCUUCAAAGCGCUUAUGCCAAACCAACACCUGCUCCAUCAUCUGCUGCCAUCGCUACUUCCACUUCCGGGUUUGCCAACAAGCCCCUCCCCUCAACUCAGUACACAUCUAUGCACCCGGCUUACUCCACCCCCAGCCCGGCACAGCCCAAUCCUGACUCUGUCUACAUGAUGCCCCCAUCCCAUGGCCCCAAACCAAGUCCCCAAAGUCUGUAUCAGAUCCCCUCUGGCCCAAGUGGACCACCUCCACAGGCCCAGCAAGGACCCCCUAGCAAGGCCCCAGCUCUAGCCCAGAGACAGUACCAGCUGCCUGGGCAGGACAUCUACCAAGUCCCCCCCUCUGUAGGCCCAGUGCCAGGCCAGGGAACAGCCCCAGCCGGGGGGCCAGGAGCUGGGCAGGAUGUGUACCAGGUGCCCCCCUCCCUGGAUAAGAGAAACUGGGAGAGCAGCAACAAGCCAUUAGCCAAGGUGGUAGUUCCUACUCGGAUUGGACAGGUGUAUGUGUACGACACAGUGAAACUAGAGCAGGAUGAGUACGACGUCCCACCCAGACAUCAGCCUCCGACCCAGCAGGACAUAUAUGACGUGCCGCCCACUCGCCAGCAGUACAACACACAGGUGUAUGACACCCCUCCCAUGGUGGUGAAGGGCCCCUCCAGUGGUCAAGAUAUAUAUGACACCCCAGCAAGUGCAGACAAGAAUACACAGCAGACGGUCUAUGACUUCCCUCCGUCUGUCAGUAAAGACGUCCCUGAUGCUCAGCCAAUCAGAGAGGAGACCUAUGAUGUACCGCCCCACUUUGCCAAACUCAAGCCACAAGUCCCUGUCCCUCCUGCCCAGUACCUGCACAACAAUCUCAACGAUGAUGACGAGCCGCCCAUUCCGGAGGACGUGUAUGACGUCCCACCCCCUAUCCUGACCGACAAGCAUUAUCACGGAGACAGGGCCGGGGUCAGUCAGGACCCCCAGGAGAUCUAUGACAUCCCGGCGAGCCUGCGGACCGGAGGUCACCCCGCCCAGGAUGUCUAUGACUUCCCUCGGGAACGGGAAGAGAAAGGAGGAGAAAGGAGAGACCACUAUGUCUACGAUGUCCCACCACAGGUCGUGCGCGAUGCCCAGUCCACCAGUGAGGAGCUGACCAUGUCCUUUAAGCGGCUGUCUGCCUCGAGCACAGGAAGCACACGAAGCAACCACUCCGCUUCAUCCUUAGACAUGGUCCCUGUCCGCGACACCCCCUCUUCCUCCUCACUUCCGGCUUCUGGCUCCAUUCCAGGGAAGCCCCUCAUCUUGGACCUGGAGCAGGCCAUGGAGCGUCUGUCUCGCUUGCAGCAAGCGGUUGAGUCCAGCGUUUCCCUCAUGAUGUCCUUCAUCACAGGCAACUGGAGAAGCCCCGCCCACCUGGAAGGGAACCUCGCGGCAAUACAUCAAGCUGCUGACCGGGUGCGCGCCACUGUCCGAGACUUCCUAGAAUUUGCCCGGGGCGCUGUGGCGAACGCUGCCCAGGCCACGGACCGCUCUCUGCAAACCAAACUGGGCCGUCAGGUGGGGAAGAUGGAGGAGGUGUUCCAGAGCUUGAUUCGACACAGUCAGAGCUUAGAUGCUGUUUCCUGGUCGCAUUCGGCGCUCACGGCACCGCCACCGGGAGGGGAUGACUUAGAUCGACUAAUCAUGACAGCACGAGGCAUCCCCGACGACGCCAAGCAGCUUGCAUCCUUUCUACACGGUAACGCCUCCCUGCUCUUCAAACGGACCAACCGGCAGCAGCAGCAGCUGCCGCUUCCUCCGAUCCCAGGGGAGAUCAGUGGUCACAUGACAGGAUCAGGAAGUGGAAGCUAUCAAGGAGGGGAGAAGGUAAACAUUCAGUCGCGGCCCCUCCCCUCCCCGCCAAAGUUUACAGCUGCAGAGGAAGAGGAAGGUGAGGACAGGCCGUAUGAGACCACAGAGGAAGGCUGGAUGGAGGAUUACGACUACGUACAUUUACAGGGAAAGGAAGAGUUUGAGAAGAACCAAAGACAGCUGCUGGAGAAAGGCAACAUCAUCAGACACAAGACACAACUGGAACACCAACAGGUACCUAGAACCAUUAAACAGUUUGAGCGGCUAGAGCAGGAAGUCAGCCGGCCAAUCAACAAUGACAUGACGGGCUGGGUCCCGUCCCCACACCACCCUCUGGCCAACCAGCUGGCCCAGAAUGGCUCUGGAGGCCCCUCCUCCUCCAAACUGUGCCAUGGGGACCGGCAGCUCCUCCUCUUCUACCAGGAGCAAUGUGAGCAGAACGUCACAACUGUGACCAACGCCAUCGACGCCUUCUUCACCUCUGUCAACUCCAACCAGCCCCCCAAGAUCUUUGUGGCGCACAGCAAGUUUGUCAUCCUCAGCGCGCAUAAGUUGGUAUUCAUUGGCGACACGCUGUCUCGCCAGGCCAAGUCCCCUGACGUGAGGGCCCGGGUGGCCCAGAGCAGCAACACCCUCUGCGAAAAACUCAAAGACAUCGUGAUCAGUACAAAGACAGCGGCGCUUCAGUAUCCGUCCCCUGGAGCUGUCAGAGAGAUGACUGAGAGGGUGAGAGAGCUGGCAGGGUGCACGCAGCAGUUCAGGAUGGUGUUGGGGCAGCUGCUGGUGAUGUAGGGGGGUGAGGGGGGAGGAAGAAAACAAACCAAACAGUGACACAAACUGAGAAGUCCCAGGAACACGGGGCAGUAAAUCCUCUCUGUAACAAGGGGCAGACGAACCUGUACGCCCUGCAGAAUGCUGCAGGAAACCCUGUACACCCUUCCAGUGUGAGGUUGGAGGCCCUGCAUGCCUUGACAGGGUGAGGCUUUCCAUUCCCUUGCGCUCCUGAUAUGUAGCAUGGGAAACCCUGUGCAGUGGCCCUGGAUCCUGGGGGUCUAGGACCCUGUCUUGGAAUGGGGAAGCUGACCUCACAUCCAUCCUCUGCUCCCUCCCUACCUCGCCUUUCACCAGGACCAUUCCUCUAUUUCUCUGUGCGCUUUUUAUUCUAGACAAGCUAAAAGGAACAUUCAUCUUCAGUGGGCUGGGCCAAUGGUUGUAAAAUAAUCAUUGUAAAUAUUUAAGUUACCUAUUUAGUCAGAAAACCAGAAAAAAGACUUGAGAACUUCCAGUAUAUAAAUAUAAAUAUAUGGUCUUUUUUUUUGAAGAAGAAGAAGAAGAAGAAGAAGAAGAAGAAAGAAACUAUGAAAACAUAAGUGUAGUUUUUAGACAAUAUCAAUAAUUGACCCUUCCUGAUUCCCACUCCUUUUUGCUCUGCGGAGCAAACAUCGGUCAGAACCUCAACUUCAUCAUUUCCUGUACUUAGGCUAUGUGCUAGGCUAAUCUAAGUUAAAAAGACAACCUCAUUUUGAAGAUGCUUAAAAGAUAAAAGUGACAUACAGAAGAGUCAUAGAGUUUACAUCAAUUGUUAAUUAGCUUGUUAGCUACUCUUGGUAACAUAGCUAAUUAAAGAUGUCAAUAUAUAUGAUUAUUAGCUAGCUAGUUACAUCUGAUAGCUAAUGUUCACAAAAAGCUAGCUAGUUAAUUGACAAAUGAAUUGAUGUACAUUAACUAUCUUUUAUCUUUCAACCAUCAGGUGUGGUUGUCUUUUCAACAUAGAUUAGCCUAGCAUAUAGCAUAUCUAAGUACAGGAAAGGAGGAAGUUGAUCGAGGUUCUGACUGAGGAUUGCUCAACUGUUAUUGGAGCACAGAGCAAAAAGGGGCGGGACUUAGAAAGGUGUCAGUUGUUAUUAUUAUUGCUAUACCGUAUAAUUAUGGCUCUGAUUCUUGAUCCUUGUAUCAUUAUUGUUAUGGAUGUGUAAAUUCCAGAUGAUAUGUAUGACUGUAUGUUGUAGUACUUCUCUGCUCCUCUCCAUCCCUGACAAAGGCACACUUUCCCAAAAAAAAACAAAAAAAAAACACUGGAGCACACACCCAUCUUUAAACUUCAAUGACAAACUGACAGUUCUACAUGUUGCCCUGUUGCCUCUGUGUUGGAGCGGUGCGUUACGGCCUGUGGCUCAACACGUUGAACCACACUGAUUUCAAUCCACCAGUGCAGGCAGCACUGCUGCCAAAAGAUGUCCACCUGACUGAACAGUUAAAGUUAUUAAAGAUGAUCUCAGUGCCAUCUCAGUUGCUUUUUUUGGAAAACUAUGCGUAGGUUGUUUUGUAAGACGCAUGUUUUAGAGAAAAGGAGUGUAAAAGGUUAAAAACCACAAAUGAAAUUAAACCUGCUUUUCCUCUUUUCUCUGA